AAAGCCAUGACAGGAGGAGGAGGAGGGAGGUUUAACCUGACAGAGACAUAAGCACUUACAGAACGAAAAAACGGACGUACAACAACCCGAGGAAUACCGAGGGCAACAGCCCAACUUCCGGGCAUAGGAUUUCUGCAGACUGGAGUAGGAUAUUCCCCCUAAACACUUGAAACAAUGGAAGAGCUUACGGCUUUUGUUUCCAAAUCCUUCGACCCCAAAAGCAAGGAAUGCAGCAGCAACAGCAAGAAGGAAUCAAUAACAUAUCGGGAAGUUUUAGAAAGUGGUUUAGCUCGGGCCCGGGAGUUGGUCAGUUCAGAAGCAAGCCUGCAGGAGCUAGCUGAAGCUGCUAGUGGGGGCAACAGUCUCCACUGUCCUGUGCAUCAUAUGUACAAGGAACAAGCUGGAGAAAGCGACAAGGAGAAACUGAAAGAGUUUGGCGGAAGCCUUGGAAGAACGACAGAAGGAAUCUACGACUGCAAAGAAAAAAGGGAGGAUGUGAAGUCAGAAGACGAAGAUGGCCAAACCAAGUUAAAGCAGAGGAGAAGUCGAACCAAUUUCACGUUGGAACAGCUGAAUGAGCUGGAAAGACUCUUUGAUGAAACACACUAUCCAGAUGCCUUUAUGAGAGAGGAGUUAAGUCAGAGGUUAGGACUGUCAGAGGCAAGAGUGCAGGUGUGGUUUCAAAACAGAAGAGCAAAAUGCAGAAAACAAGAAAAUCAGAUGCAUAAAGUAGGCGUGAUACUUGGGACAGCAAACCAUUUAGAUGCCUGCAGAGUGGCACCGUAUGUGAAUAUGGGAGCACUGAGAAUGCCCUUUCAGCAGGUUCAAGCCCAGUUACAGCUUGAGGGAGUCGCCCACACACAUCCGCACCUCCAUCCACAUCUGGCAGCACAUGCUCCUUACUUAAUGUUUCCUCCUCCGCCAUUUGGACUUCCUAUUGCAUCACUGGCUGAGACUGCAUCUGCUGCAGCAGUUGUGGCAGCAGCUGCCAAAAGUAACAGUAAAAACUCCAGUAUUGCUGACCUGCGACUUAAAGCUAGGAAACACGCUGAAGCUCUUGGGCUCUGACAUCUGCCAAUACUGGAUGGUGCAAGGAACAAGUAUUAUACAAGGCUAUAGGUCCAUGUUUACUUUGUGGUUUGAUGUUUACAUGGAUAUUUCAUGGCUUCUUAUGCCAAAAGUGGAGUUUCACAAAGUAUAUGGAAGGAGGUUUUGUGUCCAUAAAUAGUAAUGGCACUAUUCAGAGCAAAGCUUAUACGUCAGAUGAGCCUAAUAUGACAUGCAUAUCUUCACUGCAAUUCCGCUGCUAUAAAGAAAUAUGGCUAAUGCAAGUCUUCAGAGUUGCAAGACAUGAAAAAUAAAAGAUAUUUUUGACUGCGCUAUUCAAACACUAACUAGAUUGUGGUGUUGGAAACCUGAAUGCUAAACCAGCUAUGAUAAGGUGUCUCUGUUUGCCACCUUCUUACCCCAGUUGUGAUACCUUUUGCAUGUGUCUGUCUGAAAAGAUAUUAAUGACUAUAAAACUGUCUGGGGCUGGACUCCAAUAAAAAAUAACAUUUCUUUGUUUACUGCCAUGUAAAUUUUCCAUUAUUGUUGAACAUAUAAGGAACUGCACUUAGUUUAACUGUGGAAUUUUAGAUCUGAAGUAUGGGACUAGAUUUUAUCUCCCAAUAAAGCAAUAAAAAACAUCCAUAAGCUGAUCUAGAAAUUGAUUUCCGGGUUUCAGAAUACAAAGUCACUGGUAGUUAAAAUAUGCUGAAGGAGGCAUCACAACACUCUUUGUUCAGCAUGACAGACUAAUAAGUCUUGUUUAAGAAAUUUAGUCAAAAAUGAAAAGAAAUUCAUAUAAAAAAAAUCAUGCUAUCAAAGAUAAAUUUAUUUUAUUAGAAAUAACCUUAUUUUGAGAUGAUGUGGGAACCACUAAAGUUUUUGUUGUUAUUGUAAGGAUCUGAAUGUGGAGGCAAACACUAUUUAGGCACUUCUUGGAGUUUCUAACACCGUAUCUUCUGUAUGAAGAGAUUCCACACCAUGCUUUCUGUUUAUAAUAUUGGUUAAGCAGUAGGAUUCUAGACCUAGUAAAGAGAUGAAGUAUUACACACAAAUGCUUUAUACAUAACUAAUUAUCCAUUCAUACUUUUGAAAUAUUACAGUUAUAUUUAUGUUUUUUUAUUUUCACACUAAGUUUAAUAAAAGGUAUUCAUACUCUUCCCAUAUGACACUAAACAUAAUGGCCACAGAAAUAAAUAUAUGGAUAUGGAGCUCAAAUUUCUUGUUGGAAGGAAUACAUGCAUUUUUCUGUAGCUUCCCACUAAAAUCCAUGUUAUUUUUAUGCAGAGCAGGUAAAUGUUUCUGUUUUUGGUUUAGAAAUACAUAUACAACAGUGUUAAUUUCCAUAACUUUCAUAUUAGUAGACUUACUGUAUGUGAGCUUAAACUAUUUAAAUUACUUAUAAGCACUACUUAAGAGGCAAAGAAAUCUAGUAUUAAUUAUGUCCCCUUUCUGCAGUCAUUAUUUCUGAACACAAUUAUGAUGAUAAAGAAAAAGCAAUUGCACCAGAAAAUACUAUAUCAUAUCUAAAUAUUCUCUUGUCAGGACAUAUAGCUCAGCAAUUUUGUUAAUGAGUAAAAUGGAAGAUUUUUGGGUUGGGUUACAAAUUUACUUCACAAUAAGGUAAUGACAGAAAUCUUGCUUUGUUGAAAAUCAUCAUCAUCAUCAUCAUCAUGAUUUGUUGAAAAUACAAGUCAAAAGUCAGUCCUGGAAGGAACAAACAUUCUAAAGCAAGUACACAGAGUUGAAAAAACUGUUUACAAUAAGUCCUAUGAAAUGUCAUGACUAAUGUUUGAGAUUAAAGUAAUCUCCCUGGCAACAUUUUAGUAUUGUCAUAAAGAAAUAUGACUUGAUAAUCUGCGAAGCAUACUUGUGAGUCAGAUUGUAUUGAAAACACCCAAGUCCCAUAUUCUUGGAAGCUGCAUUUGCAUUAUUAGCCAGUUAAGUGCAAUAAAAUACAUAUGGCCCAUUGUUAUAGAACCAGUUUUCGUACUGGUAGCCUAGAAUCCUUCCUUAACUGUAUUUGUUGUUUUGUCUUAAGUCUGGCCUUGUAUUUAUUCCCUGUGUUAUGCUAGCACUUGUUCUUUGAAUUGUUAUGGACUUGCUUACUCGCAAGGAAUAUCUGCGUAAUUCACUAACACCUUUUACAUGUACCAUGGCUGAAGUGGGGAGUCGAUAAUUUUUGACCCAUGUAAUAAAAAAAAAAAUAAGUAACAGUGUUGAUGUCUUGUACCACAAACAAGAGCAGGUCAGUUAUUUGGUUGCCGCUCUUUAAUGGUGCAACAAAGUAUGAGAAUCUGGAGACUUCAAGCCAGAAAAAAAGAAUUUGCAAAGCUUAACAUAAGAUGGCUACACUAAAUGUUUUCUUUAGAUAGCCUUUAAGAAGUGCUCCAGUUGUGUCAUCUGCCUGCAAUGGCACAUAAACAUUAAUAACAGGACUCUUACUCAGAUCAAUUAUCAUUAUGAAUGGUCAUGUUAGUUACUUAAAGCCUAAAAUUGUGUGCCAUCAGUUUUACUGAAAUGCAGUUAAGUGCAAUAUGUAAGUAUUAUUAACUUUCAAUGGUUUAUCUGUAGCUUCUUACAUGAUUAGUAUAUGGCUCUACAAAUAUUGCAGGUGUCUUUUUAACACAUUUAGGUCAUAUUAAAGUACUGAUCUUACCAAACUUACAUUUUUUUUUCUGCAGAUGAAUGCAUUAAAGAUAAAAUCAAGGCUGCCAUGAAUUUUAAAUCACAGGCCAUAGAGAAGGUCAGGUCACCAAUGAAAAAUGCAUUUCUAUCCCUUAUUUGGAGCUAUAUUAUGAGUUCUAGAGGUAGAUUAUGUCAACAUUUCCUAACAUAUAGACCAAAUGACUGCUAAUUAACGUUCCCUUGUGAUGAUGUUGGCCUGGGGGCAUUUCUCUAUUUGUAUAUUACCAAAGUAUAUGUUGGGUAAUAGUAAAUCUGUUCUGUUGUGUUGAGCAAAAGAGCAGAUGCUGGAAUUUCUCUACCUCUUUUCUUAGUUAUUUUGCUUUCAUUAUAUAAUUGUCAUGGCAUAUUUAACAUCAAAGACAGAUAUAUAAAUAAUGCCCAAAUUUUGUUUGCAGUGAUGCCAAUGCACAUGUUAUUUAUUCAUUUUGUUGAAAAUUUAUAAAUAUUGAAUAUCUUAAUUUUGAUGUGUACACUGUACAUUGUACAUUGCUUUGCAUUUAUUUUUAUAUUGUUAAAUUGUUGCUUUAGCAGACCAGUAGACCAUCAUUGCAUUAUUUCAUGAUCUGUAAAUAUAACAGGAUAUUACAUAAAUGCGUGUGUGUGUGUGUGUGUGUGUGUGUGUGUGUGUGUGUGUGUGUGUGUGUGUGUGUGUGUGCAUGGAUGUUGAUGUGUGGGGGAGGCAUGACAGAGAAAAAGAGAGAAAAUAUGUAGGUAAGAACUCAUGCGUCUAUAAAUACAGAACAUUUUCAGGGAUUGACAAAAUUAGUAAUCUUCAACAAAAUGCAUCACUUUUGCGAUCUGCCAUAUAACUGGUUGUGUAAUAUAAUUUGUAUUUGUGUGAUGUAUACACCAGCAUGCUCAUCCAGUUUCCACUGGACAUGUUCAUUUCAAGUCUUAACAGUACAAGUUUGUUGAGUAAAAUAAUUUGGCCCUAAAUUCUGUACAAGUGAACAACAAUAAAUUAUACUUAUAGCUGA